AUGGCCCCUCCAACGGCCGCCAAGCGACCACACGCCGCCGUGAGCAAAGGUGGCGCGAACCUCCCCAAAAUUGACCCAUGGGCCGAUACACCGUACGCCAACUUUGACUGCUCCAAAUAUGAUUACGUGCCGACCGACGAUGGCGGAUUCUGGCAAUUGCAACAGCAACAUACGCCCUCGGAGCAACUGCCAAACGUAGUACCCCUCAUCGCCACAAGCAAAUCCCCAAUACAGAAACAACAGGACGUCGAAUGGACGUGUCUCUCGGCGGCAUGUCCUUCGAAGCCGUUCAAGCGCAAAGUCGAUCUUGACCGGCAUUACCUACAAGCCCACACCGACAGCCAGGCGCAGCCGUCACCCGCCCUUUCUCUCAAAGACAUCACCCCCGCAACGAGCAUCAGCAAUCCGAGCCCCAAGAUCACCACCAAGAAGAACCCCCAAGGCAACGGCAAGACCAAGGGCGCCGCCGCCGGCGCAGGGAACAGAAAUAACAGCGUUGGCGGCACAGGCAAGGAGAAGGAUGGUGCCUUUCUCUGCGACUACCCGGCGUGCGGCCGCAAGAACGAGCCUUUUAGUCGCAAGGACCGUUUGCGCGUCCACUUCACCGACGUCCACAAAGAGGACGUGGAUAAGAAGACGAGCGACAUGCCAGAGUCGUGGUUGCUGGAGCGCAAAAUUUACAAUAAGUGGUGGCGCUGCUCCAAGUGCCUCGAUCGAGUCGAUUUUCGCGAGAGCGGGUGGGAGUGUCCCAAGGACGGCUUCAAGAUUGAAGAAAGGCGGCGCGACUUCCGGCAGAAGCAACCAGAUUUUGAGUGGUCGACGCGCGCAAAAAACGAGAGAGAGAGCACGAGAGAGGAUAUAAUGGAGGAGGAUUAA